UUCGCGGUGCUGUGCAACGGAAGCUUACUUCUGUCUGCAUAUACACAUGCUUAUACACUUACAGUAACAGAGCCACCAGAGAUAAACCUGCGGCUCCCGGGCCCGGCAAAGAUCAUCCACGUAUUGUCCAACAGAGUCGGACAUCAUGAUCAAGCGUAAACUGAGCUUCAAGUGGUUUGGUAGUCUCACCAACCUUCGGCGGAAAUCAGAUUCCCAAAAGAAUGAACCUGAGACCAAGGGGGUGUCGGAGGACGAUAUGGGCAUGCAUCCGCGGACCCCCAGCUAUGCAAACUCCAGUGAAAUGUACACGCACAUGGGUACCAUGCCACGUCAUGCCAAAAAGGAAAAAAGUUUGAAGAAGAGCAAGUCUAAGGACAAGACAAACCUGAGCCGGACUCCGAGCUUGAAACCCAUACGAGACCAUGUGGUUGAAUCCCCUCUUCUCAGAAUGCUCUCUGGAAAGGGUCUUGAAGUUCUGGAUGACACCAUCAUGGAAGGCAAGCCAGCUAUAGAGACAAAAGAUGCCCACACCCAAAAUCGUGAUCUUCCUUCUCUACCAACUUUGGAUGGACCAUCGAAAGAGCAGGCGACAGGAGAUAAGGAACCGAUUAUUGACUCCUCACAGACAGAUUCACUUCCAGAACCUUCAGGUGAUAGACCACCAGGUGCAUGUCUGACCAAAGAGUCGAAUAUUCAACCAGUUCUGCCCAUAAAGAGACACAAAGAAGACAUCUCCAGGAAGGACACAUUGGUGCUCCAGUCUGAGAGUACGUCAGUUAAUUUGCCUCUGAAGAUCAACAACUAUGUAGAAGAGAAGAAACCAAUAGGGAAAGAUGCUAAUAUAGGAUCAGGCUGUACAGAAAACAGUCAAGAGCCUUACAGGCAGGUGGACACCAAAGACAGUCAAGGAGAAUAUGUAGAGUUCUCCAAGGAGAAGUAUCUGCUGGAGUCUCCCCCAGAGAAACUGAGGAAGGAGCUGGAGGAGGAACUGAAGCUCUGUAGCAGUGACAUGAGAAGCCACGGCUGGUACCAUGGCCAUAUUCCACAAGAGGUCUCAGAAUCUUUGGUCUCACGUAGCGGUGACUUCCUCGUCCGGGACUCCCUGUCCACCGUGGGCGACUACGUCCUGUCCUGUCGCUGGCAGCAGGAAGUUGUUCACUGUAGGAUCAGUAAAGUCCUGAUCAAGAGCGGGCAAAGUAAAAUCCAGUACAUGCUGGAGAACGAGAGCUUUGACUCUGUGCCCACGCUGGUCAGGCACCAUGCUGGCACGGGUCGCGCCGUAUGCCCGCGGAGCGGAGCUCAGCUGCUGUGUCCGGUCAACCGAACGUUGCCACUGAGGUACCUGGAGGCAACGUUUGCAUUGGCUGGUGGGAGACCAGGAGCUGCACAUUCACCAUCAUUUCAGAGGGGGGCGCACAUCAAGAGACGUAGCGUUACUAUGACAGACGGACUCACGACAGAGAAAAUGAUACCUCACAGCCCUUCUACUGUACAUCAUAAAGAUGCUAUGAGGAAUUGUGCCAUGAGUAUGGAUCAGAUCCAAGAGUAUCGUCGCCCCCUGUCCCCGGUGGGGGAGAGCCCACUAUCCCCUGCCUACACCCCCAUCUCACGCCACAGACAUGGCUCAGGUGGACGUAUCCUUGCCGUAAUCCCGCCCUCACCCGUGAUGCGGCGUUCGAGUGAUCCCCAUCUCUCACCAUCCUCCUCCUCCAAUAACAACGUUUCCUGCUCAGACACGCCCCCCACCCACUCCACACCAGCCCACGGGUACCCAUCCGAGAAUUCAGAGCCUGGGGGCAGCUACUGUGAGCUGAGACCCGGACAAGCCCCCAUUUCGCCCUGUAAGAGUUAUGUGGAGAGGCUGAGAGUGGAGGAGGGCCAAAGUCCAGGCUCUGGAUCUCAAGACGGGAUGGAAGGCUUCAUUCUCCCACUGGUGGAGACCUGCUCUUCCUUCAAGCCAGGAAAGUAUCAGUCCAGUCUUCUACCGGCAGAAAAUAAACCGCUGGAAAUGAGCGUGUUGAAGAAGGUGAAGGAGCUGCUGGCAGAGGUGGAUCCAAAGACAGCCGCCAAGCACAUCACAAUGGCAGACUGCGCGGUUGCUAGGAUACUGGGCGUUACCAAGGAGAUGCAGAGGAUGAUGGGAGUGAGCUCAGGACUGGAGUUGCUGACUCUUCCGCAUGGACACCAGCUGAGGCUGGAUCUACUAGAGAGGUUCUACACCAUGUCUAUAAUGAUGGCGGUCGAUUUGCUCGGCUGUACGGGCAGCACAGAGGAGAGAGCCGCUCUGCUGCAUAAGACCAUCCAGCUGGCCGCUGAACUGAAGAGCAACAUGGGCAACAUGUACGGGUUCGCUGCGGUCAUGAAGGCCCUGGAGCUACCGCAGAUCUCACGGCUGGAGCAGACAUGGAUUACACUGAGACAGAGACACACCGAAGGUGCCAUUCUCUAUGAGAAGAAACUGAAACCCUUCCUCAAAGCCAUGAAUGAUGGCAAAGAGACCUGUGUGCUCUCGAACACCUCCUUCCCUCACGUUGUGCCAGUGUUGUCACUGAUGGAGCGCGGUGUGGCGGCAGGUGAGGCGCUGGAGACCUGGGAGAGUGUGGAGUCUGGAGUGGACGUGGUCAUGAGCCACCUGGAGGCAGCACGCACCAUCGCUCACCACGGAGGACUUUAUCGCACUAAUGCAGAGAGCAAACUUCACGACUUCAAAGAGCGUGAGGAGGUGCUGGAAAUCUUCUGUACAGAGUUUCAGAUGAGGCUUUUAUGGGGUAGUCGUGGCUCAGAAGGCAGCCAGGCCGAGCGCUACGAGAAGUUCGAUAAGGUCCUCACUGCUCUGUCCCACAAGCUGGAACCUCCAGUGAGACACAGUGAAUUAUAGCACCCUGAUCCUCCCCCCUGCACCCACAAAUCCCCCUCUCCUUUAUGUCACGGACUAUUGUUUUUGGAGGGAGCCAUAAAGCGAAAAAUGGAUAAAAACAAUGAGCGACUCGCUCUCCAAAACAAGGCACAAAAGGGGACAGGCUUUAUGCGAGCAUGACAGCGCCCCCCAAAGUACACAGACAUGAACUGCAGCGAUGGAAUGAAAUACAAAUCUGAAGCCAAAACAUCUUCAUCAAUGGCGGGAGGAACAAAACCCAAAUGCAUAUUCUGAUCAAGGGCACUUUCAUUUCAAGAAAAGAGAAUGUGCAAGUUCACUCGAAUAUCCCGUUUUCUGUGAACCAUAAUUUUGUUUCCAUUUAGAUUGACAUUUGAAGACGUUUCGUGGGGUUUGCUCAGAGGGGUUGCGCCUCUCUGUAUUGGACAUGAAACUGCAUUGUGUUGUCAUAUUUACUGCUGGAACAGACUACUCGCCUGUCAAAUAUCUGAAUGUAUGUUGCCAAAUCGUAUGAAUUCUGUCCCUGCUGGACAAAGAGUCUUAUUCUUUGCAUUUUUUGCAUUUUUUGAGGCUGUUACGGAUGUGUUGGUUGAGACAGCCACUGCGAGGUUUCGGGCCUUUAAUUUUGAAAGUGAGACCCUAUGAAAUCAAACUUGGAGUUUUGUGACCAUAUAUGCAAUUGUACUACUAAAUGUUGACAAAGAUCACUUUAGGAGACAUAUGCGUUUAAAUUUUACAUGGGAAUAUGGGCUAGAUAUGGCCUCCUUCACAGGAUCAUAUAUAAAAAUUGUCCAAUUAAAUGGUAACCAGAAUCAAACACCCCUCCGAAACCUUCUGCCACUGACUAGCAAUAGCAAAUAACGGUUAUGUAAAUUAAACUUUAUGUUUAAUUAAACUGGACAAGCACUAUGGAAAUAUGUCAUCAAAAUCAAUUCAUGGGGUCUUUAAUAUCUUUUCAUUUUUUUAGCUGUCUAGACACAUAUAUUUUCAAGAAGACUUUAUCACAAUGUCGAGCUUGUACAAAUUUGUCAUGUAUCAUACAUUUUUCUGGACCAUUUUCUAACCUGUGGCCUGUUCUGAACAAAAUGAUUUCAGGGUUAAAGAUCUUCAAUGUAGAGUCACCAUAAGCAAUCUAAUGUAGUCGAACACCAUGCUUGUCCAGAAUUUUGUGGACAUUGGCUUUCUUCAUAACUUUUAUUAUUAACAUUAUGGCAAUAAGUUAUAUCACAACCUACUUGUAACAUCUUUUUGCAAGUGGUUCUUACAUCCUAUUAGGUUCGUUCUGCACAUAAAUCACAAUCUUCUGCACUAUUUUAGUUUUGAUAAUGUGAAAUGAAAGAAAAUGUGAAAAUGUUAUUUAUACGUAAUUUGAAGAAUGAAAUGCAGUUUAGAUGAGAGCAAAGCGACAGAACCAUAUUCAUCUACUUGGUUUCAAAAGGUAUUCAGCCCUGUUUCCAUGUUUUGAAAGAUUUAGUCAAACAAAACCCAAAGCCACAUACAUAUACCUCUGUCAGCAGUGUACAUUUUCUACCCGUAGUAUGGGUAGCAGUAUGCCCAUAGAGUAAAGUUGAUCUCCUGUUCUAUUGCGAUCUGGUGCGUAUCGCAUACAGGCUGCUACACGUCACACCCAGUCUAUCACUGCAUAUUACCAGGGAAUUUUCUGAAGGUAUUUUUCAGGUAUCUCAAUAAAGGCACAUCUAAAAGUAGAUGAUGCCGUCAUGAUGGGAUGAAAGCGCAUCUUAUGCAAUUCCACUUUCAGCCAGCAGAGGGCUCCGUUGAGUAAGCUCAAAAAUAAGAAAGAGGACUGAGUUUAGGAUCUUUUCAAACUUUUUCUUUAAUAUGGCCUACUGGUCUAGGACUGUAAUCUGUGUUUGGUUUGUCUUUUGAAAGGUUUCUCUACCGUAAAGGUAAAUAUGUGACUUUGAAUAUGUAAACAGGUACCCCUGAACGGCCGACGAUACACGAAGUGAACGAUCUCACGUGAUUGCAUUCUUUUAUUAUGUGCUGUAAAUAAUGGUAUGUCAUAUGUUUUGCACUCCUUUUUAAAAAAAAUAAAUAAUUAAAUAAAGUAA